AUGUCUCUCUCGCCGGGCUGGGAAGAGAAAUACACGCUCACCGAAGCCUUUGUCAACAAGAAGUGGCGCUUUGGCGCAUUCGAGAAGUUGCUGCGCAGGACGAACGUGCCGACCAAGCUCUCGUGCGAUGACGAGGGGAGCUGCGACCAAGUAGGAGGCGUGCCAUCUCAGCUCAUUCCUGCUAUCGCCAAGGAGACCAAACCACUCGCUCCCAUCGAGCGCCUGCCUGUCGAGCUUCUCAAUAUCGUCCUCGAUGAUCCCGACCUCGACAAGAAGGACAGAAUUGCACUUGGCUGCUGCUCCAUCACGAGCUGGAUUUUCGUCAAAGCGCACAUCCUUGCCGACUGCAAGCGUAAUCGCAUCUCCUGGGCCGGCAAAUCCCUCAUCUGUACUGGAACCUGGCUGUCCGACUUGCCCACUUCUAUCGUGGAGCUCUUUCCUGACUACGUGGAAGAGCAGAAGGACUGGAAUGCUCGUACGCAUGGACACCACGUUGGAGCGAGGUAUGGGCCUUGUCCGGCGAGGAUGUGGAACUAUCGCCAAUCGGAUGAAAGCGUGGAAGUGGAGCCAGAAAGUGUCGAGGAGGAGUGGAUGAGCGCACUUGAGAGUUGGACUUCGCGAUUUGGAGAGGACGUGCCAUGGAAAGUGUUGGAAGCGGACCUCAAGCGCGCUCUACGAGCCGACAGUGGACUAUGGAACGCAGGUCCCAAAUCCUUCGUUCUUAGAAACCUCACAGCAGGAGAGAAGGUUCUGCUGGACGUCGCUCACCCAAAUGGUAGCACAACUUGUGCGAAGGCCGUUGUCAAGGGAUAUCCAGAUGUCAGUCUCGAUGCCGCACUACUGACCAGGAUCUGCUGGGGCAGGGGCAUCCUUCGGGAACGCAAGCAUGCGAAGGGACACUGGGCUGGUCAUCGCUUCGAGAUUCUGCCUGCGGAUGUGUCAGAGGGCGAAACGAACUUCGUCGAUGUCACGGACGACUUCGUGAAGCACUCUGAUGAUGCUCUCUGCAGAGGACGAGACUCAACGGCAAUGAGGCUCAAGGGUUGA